AUGAAAUCUCUCACACGUGUCGCUGUUUCUUCUUCUUCAACUUGCCUUUGGCUUCUCUUUGCUUCAUCACUUUGCACCUUGUGUUUCUGUCAUCAGAACUCAGAUGAAGUAAAAUGUAUAGCCACCGAACGAUCGGUGCUUAUCCAGUUCAAGAACAACGUGGUGGACCGUGCCAACCGCCUCUCUUCUUGGUCCGGUGACGACUGUUGCAGUUGGUCCGGUGUGGUCUGCGAUAACUUCACCCAUCACGUCCACGAGAUUCGCCUUCGUGGACUACCUGAUCAGCACGGCUAUUGUCUUGGAUCAUUAUUUGACAUUAAUGAUACAAACCAAAUGUUAGGAGGAAUCAUAAGUCCUUCUUUGAUCAAGUUAGAACAACUCCGAUACCUAGACUUGAGUUGCAACGAUUUUGGAUUCAGUCCGAUUCCAUCAUUCAUUGGCUCUUUUCAGAAUCUGAGAUAUCUUAACAUCUCAAUGUCGCAAUUCUCGGGGGAAAUUCCUCAUCAACUCGGGAAUCUAUCGGAGUUGCUUGUUUUGGAUCUUAAAGACGGUUAUCUUCGCUCGGAGAAUUUAAAAUGGAUAGAGAAUCUGAAGCAGUUGAAGUACCUGGAUAUGAGUGGUAUCAACCUCACCGGAGCUUCAGAUCACUGGCUUCAUGCGAUCAACACUCUGCCUUCUUUGCAAGAACUGCACUUUGCUUCAUGUGGCUUAACUCAAAUUCCUAGUGAGCCGACUAGAGUUAGUUUUACUUCUCUUAUGGUCUUAGAUCUUUCGUAUAAUUUCUUCGAAGGUUUGUUGCCUGGGUGGGUUUUCAGUCUUCGUAAAUUAACUAUGUUGGAUCUUACUCGUUGUUUUAUCCGUGGUGUAAAUCUCGGAAGUCAAGGUGGUUUUGACAACAUGCCUUCUUUGAGGACUCUUCUUGUUUCCACCAACACUUUCGUAAAUACUUCUUCCUUACUGAACGGGCUGUCUAGCUUAAGGAACCUCCGUUUUCUUGAUGUUAGUGGCUGCCAUAUUUCUGAUCCAAUUCUUGGCAAACUUCAGAACAUGUCUCAUAUUGUUCAUCUUGACUUAUCAUACAACUAUAUAGUUGAGGAGAUACCUAAAUCUUUUAGUAGUCUUUGCAACAUGACAGCCCUUGAUCUUCAGUCUAACCAUUUUUCCGGAGACGUGUCUGAGCUUCUUGAAAGAUUUUGUGAAUGUGAGUCACCUAAACUGGAAUUGAUAGCCUUAAGUCGCAAUUAUCUCACUGGUCGACUCCCAGAAAAACUAGGAAGAUUGAAGAAUCUGGGCAGCAUUGAUAUUGGAUACAAUAUGUUAACAGGGAUUCUUCCACGUUCGCUAGGUAAUCUAUCGAUGUUGAAAAAUUUGGAUCUUCGGUACAACAGAUUGAAUGGAAGUCUUCCUGAAAGUAUUGGAAAACUUGGGAAACUAAGUAAUCUAAUACUUGAUCACAAUUCAUUAACAGGUAUUGUGACCGAAAACCAUUUGGCCAAUCUAACAGCUUUGUAUGCUUUGUCGGUUGGGGACAAUAAGUUAGCGUUUGACCUAGUCAAUAACUGGAUUCCGCCUUUCCAACUCUAUGAGCUGCUGAUAGGUUCUUGCAAUGUAGGCCCGCUUUUUCCUUCAUGGAUUCAAUCGCAAACAAACUUGUUUGGGUUGGAUUUAGCAAACACAAACAUAUCAGACACCAUCCCGAAUUGGAUCUGGAGUAUUUUCCCUUCUAUAUAUUUCAACAUAUCCCAUAAUAACAUUACGGGAAUAUUGGGAGAUGUUACUACUUUUCUUGGCCCAGGACCAGUAUUAGAUCUAAGUUCUAACAAUUUCCAUGGUGAGCUACCUCGUAAUUUCAGUAAACUUGAUUUGUAUUACUUAGAUCUUUCAUCCAAUAAUCUUUCUGGGUCUCUAGAUCAGUUCUUGUGUUCUGGAAUUCAAGAAUCGCGACAGCUAAGUGUUCUUAAUCUUGCUAACAACAACAUAUCAGGAGGUCUCCCUGAUUGUUGGAUGAAUUGGGAAUCUUUAGUAAUCUUGAGCCUAGAGAACAACAAGUUAUCUGGUAAAAUCCCGUCAUCUUUGGGAAAUGUAUCUUCGUUGGAGUCACUUGAUAUACGAAAUAACAAGUUGUGGGGUGAAAUACCGCUGUCACUUCUGAAUUGCAAAAGCUUGUUGAUUAUUAAGCUAGCAGGAAAUGAACUCACGGGGAGAAUACCAGCAUCAACAGGAAGAAAUGAUUCAAGUUUGAAAAUUCUGAGUCUUCGUUCCAACAAGUUAGAGGGUGAAAUCCCGAAUGAAUUAUGUGGUCUCAGUUCUAUACAAAUCUUGGAUCUUGCUGACAACAAUCUUUCUGGGUCCCUACCGAAAUGCUUUACAAACCUGAGUGUCUUUUCUGGAAAAACGAAACCCACCGCGUAUGAUGACUAUGAUCGAUUCAAGAAUCAACAACCAGGCAGCAUAUCGUUGGUGACAAAGGGACGAUUUUAUUCAUAUAGCACCAUUGUUUAUCAAGUGACAGCAUUAGACCUUUCCAAUAACAACUUGUCUGGGUCGAUUCCAAAUGAACUCGUGUCACUACCAGGCUUACGCUACUUGAAUCUGUCACAUAACAGAUUAACAGGAAGAAUUCCCAACACUUUGGGUGAAAUGGCAGAGCUUGAAACUUUAGAUUUGUGUGUGAACUAUCUUGAUGGGGAGAUUCCUUUAAGCUUGGCUGAGUUAAGUGGUCUGAAUUUGUUGAAUGUAUCAUACAACAAUCUUACAGGAAGAAUCCCGACAGGCAGUCAGCUUCAAACCUUCAAUGAAACUAGUUUCACUGGAAAUGCACUUUGUGGGGCUCCUCUUGCAGCGUGUCAGCCUGUUACCAGUGGAACUACCGACAAUGAUGAUGAAUCUGAUGGCAGUACUGAUUGGAUCCUACAAGCAAUGGAGAGAUGCAUAUUAUCAUUUCCUAGACGAAAUGAGGAUCAAGCUCGCAAAUUUCAUUCUUCACGUACUUGCCAAUUUGAAAAUACAACGCGAGGUGUAGCUGAGAUAACCAAACAGAUUCAAGCUGUUAAUGAGGUUUACAAGCUGCACAAUCUUCCUGAAUUUUACAAGGAUCCUCGGCCUCAUAUAUCAAUAGCAUGGGGAGUAGGGGAUAUUAGUUAAUCUGUUAAGAGAGCGGUGGAAGGAGAAAUGAUAAAAAAAUGUUGUUAAUGUUGGAGGAGUGUCCGCGAGAUGUAUGUUUACCUGCAAAUUUAGUAGCAUUGUGUAUAAAGU